AUGAAGGCCAUUUUGUCGUCUGAUAGCAUGGACAUCCCCGACGGCGUGAAGAUCAAGGUGAACGCCAAGGUGAUCGAUGUUGAGGGCCCGAGGGGUAAGCUCUCUCGCAACUUCAAGCAUUUGAACCUCGAUUUCCAGCUGAUAAAGGACGAAGCCACCGGAAAGCAGAAGUUGAAGGUCGACGCCUGGUUCAGUAGCCGGAAAACCACCGCCGCCAUCCGCACAGCCCUCAGCCACGUCACCAAUCUCAUCAACGGUGUUACAAAGGGAUACCGUUACAAGAUGCGUUUUGUCUAUGCCCACUUUCCGAUCAAUGCGUCCAUCACCAACAACGGCACCGCCAUUGAGAUCCGUAACUUCCUUGGCGAGAAGAAGGUAUUCGAGAAUUCUAGUUUGUUGUUUAUCUUUGUGCAUUUCGUACUGGGAUGA